AUUUAAACAUUAUGUAUUUUCGUAUAUCAGAAAAAAAUGUUCACAAUUCUUGAAAAAUAAAAUUAUCACUCCACGAUUCGAUUCGGAUUCGACAAAUUCAUAUGAGAGUGAGGAAACAAUCUCCCUUCAUUUUAACAUUUGUGACAAUUUUAAGGAUUAUUCCAAUGAUAAUAGGAUUUUCGACGGAUCAAUAACCAGUUCGGGGAGAUGGCAGACUAAUUAAUACAAAAAGGUUUUCACGUGUGCACGUCAAAUUAACGUUUAUCAGUUAUAACUGUACAAAGUGACGCCUGUUCUACAUAUCACAACGUCGCAAAGCAGAGAUCUGUCGAUGGCUAAAAUCGACGCAAAAUUCUUAAGUCUGCAGAUUGAAAUCGUUUCUCAGUUACCAUGUGUCAGUCGACGAAGAUCUUACUUUUUAUAUUUAAUGUGGUAUUGACAUCGCACAUUGGACGAUCAAAGAUGGCAAACUCGGAUAUUGCGGAAAUUUUGCAUCGACCUAUUAGGAGUCUAACGUUUCCAGAGCACAGUAAUAUGGGCAUCUUUGUCGCUCUCGCAGUACCGCUCGAGGAUCCUCUGAAUUCGAUCUCGCUAUCGUACUUCUUCGAGGCUAACUACGUUUUACCACCGAACAUAACGUACCUCGAGCCCUGGAGGAGGAUAGAAAGAAGGAAACGGAAUAUCGAGAGAGCCACAAUCUAUCGAGUUCUGGAAAGUAAAUUCGAGAGCUCCGGGUAUUCCGGAAGGGAGUGUCUACUGAGAGCAAUUUGCGAGACCUCGGCGUUUCCGCUCCAACACAACGGCUUGAUCGGCGACAUCAUGCACGUAAUCUUCACUCCGAGUACUUCGAGACACGAGGGAUUGCCGCGAGAUGUUGUCGAGGCUGAACUGGUCGGCCGCAAUGGAAGCUGCUCCAAGUACCAACUGCAAUGCCCAUUGGGACUCUUCGACUUGAUUGGAGUCCUCGCGUGAUCCCUGAAAAAUCAUUGCAAGUUUACCGUGCCACUUUCGUAAAGUAAACAGCCUAAUUGCGUCGCUGUUGGAAAUAUAGACUUGGUUGCCUCGGAGAUUUACAGAGAGAGAGAGAGAAACUCUGCGUUGGAUGGAAACAUGGACCGAUCGAGAACUUUGAAGACAUCGCCAAACAACGAAAAUUUAAUGAGAGAAACAUUAUUGAAUGCAGAUGUAAUUCAACGUUUACAUGUACUGUAUUUACUGCUGUAAAUAGUACAUAAACAAGGUUUUAUGUUAAAAUAUAAACUUUUUCUUAAAUAAAAUAUUAAAAACUUUUCUUAUUCUAUAACUUUUUUUUCUUCCCUUGCAAUUAAUUAAAAUCUUCAAAUUAAAUGUAUAUAAUAUUACUAUUAUACACUACGCUAAUGGAAAGUCUUCUUGAUAAUUUCGUUCAUAUUGCCGUACCAAAGAUUUCACGGCGCGUAUCCCU